AUGCGCCUACGUGUCGUAUGCUGUUAUUACGUGCAGGUAACAAAAAUUCGGAUGCCGAUGACUCAGGAUGCCGACCACUCACGACGCCGAUCACUCACGACACUGAUGACUCAGGCCGUGAACCUUGAGGCUAGAACCGGGAGUCAGUAUACGGUCAAGCGCACAGCACACGAUAGGCUGGCUGGGCGGCAUGGCUCCUAUUGGAACGGAUACAAUGUGUGCUCCGACGACAGCAGCCCAGCCCCACGAGAAAGAAGAUGGCAAAAGGACAGCAUCUAG